UGCUCUGACGGAAUGGGAGAAUAAAAAUAACGUUGUAAUAUACAUCCUCUUAAUGCUGGCUCUUAAAUUCAAUGUCUUCAUAUUUUGUUACAUCGGCGAGCUCGUUACUAACCAGUGCAAAAAGAUCGGCGAAGCAUCGUACAUGAUCGAUUGGUAUCGUCUGCCAGACAGGAAGGGCCUCGACCUGAUACUGAUAAAUGUCAUGUCGAAUUCGUCCGUCAAGCUUACCGUCGCGAAUUUUAUCGAGCUGUCCAUUAGUACUUUUGGUAACGUGAUUAACACAUCGUUUGCCUACUUGAAUAUGUUACGUACAAUAUCUUAG